UGCACAAGACGCAUUCACUGUUUCCCGGAAAGUCUUUGCACUGGAAAACAAAACUGAAAAGCAAAUCAGAAGUAUAUCUGCCCGACUCCGCCCCGGUAUGCGGAGGCGGGUCCCAAGUCCUACUUGAACGGUUCUUUUCCCUGUAAACAUCGCCACUUACAUUAAUAACAACUCUAAGAUCGGUUUGAAAACACCUCGGCGCAUCAGAGCUCCCAGCACGGGGGUUUCUAAUCAGUACAGUGAGGUCCGGAGUCUGACCCACGGACAGACGGUGCAGCUGGCGUCUCCCGGCGAGGCCACUCGAACCAUCGCUGCAACCCCUGGUCAGCUGCAGACGGACACUCUCUCUACAGGUGGCUUGUGAUUAUUGAGUUUCCAGCUCUCAGUGCAAUGAUGAGUGAAGUCAUGCAACUGGCUACUCUGGGCUGUCCUUUCCAGCUAGGAAUGCUGUAUGACUGCCGGUCGGACAAUCUCAUCCCAGACAUCACCUUGUGGGAUUCACAGACACUCCAGAACAACCUCAGUAGUCGGGAUCAGCCCAGCACUGAGUUUCACAUCAUCACGUCGGACUCCAUGGAGAAGAAAGCUGCCGCACUCAAUGUGUCGGAAUCACUGAAAGCAGGUCUGCUGAGUGGGGCAGUGGAGGUGAAAGGAUCAGCAAGAUAUCUCACUGACACAAAGGGAUCAAAACGACAGGCACGAGUUACCCUUCAGUACAAAACAACGACCAGAUUUGAAAAACUGACAAUGAGUCACUUGGGGAAGCUGAACAUCAGUGACCCGAGUGUGUUUGACGAGGGGUCGGCAACCCAUGUGGUUACAGCAGUGCUGUAUGGGGCCCAGGCUUUCUUUGUGUUUGAUCAAAUGGUCUCUCCAGCAGAGAAACUGCAGGAUGUCCAGCGUAAUAUGGGAGCAAUGAUUACAAAUCUCCCUGAGUUUGCAGUUCAGGGGGAAGACUCACUGAAAAUGACGGAAGAACAGAAGUCUAAUGCUGAGAAAUUUAGCUGCACCUUUUAUGGGGAUUUCUCACUGAAGAACAAUCCCACCACAUUCCAAGAUGCCAUCAGUACCUAUGCGACCCUCCCAAGCUUACUGGGAUCAGGUGGGGAGAACUCAGUGCCUGUGAGAGUCACACUUUAUCCUCUCAGUAAACUAAACUCAAAAGCUGCUCAGGUGGUGAGGGAGAUAAGUGUGGGUUUGAUCAGUCACUGCCAGCGUGUCCUGGAACAGCUCAGUGAGGCAGUGAUGAGAUGCAAUGAUAUGCUGAAAGACAGAGUCUCCAUUCAGUUUCCCGAGAUUGGAGAUGGGACAAAACAAUUCCGAGAGAUGUGCUUGGAAUACAAACGGGUUUUCCAGGGGACUUUAGCAAGAGUUUUGCCAUCUAUCCGGAGAGGUAAAGAGAAGCAAGGUUUACUGGCAGAUAUACUGAAGAACAGGGAAUUGUCACCACUCAGUCAGCAGUCACUGGCCACAUGGUUGGAUGACAAGAAACAGGAGAUGAAGGCAGUGGGACAUUACCUCAGGAUGUUUGAAGAUAUACCUUUGGUGAAAUCAAAGAGAGAGUUGGAUGAUGAACUGAUGGAUCCAACAAUAGACUAUGUGGUCUGCUUCACAUUUACAUCACUGCACCAGGAUGAGCUCUAUCUGUCAGAGGCAAAGAACUACCUCCAAUCCCUCACAGCUCAGAAAAUGCAGUCACCAACUCCUUCUACUGGAGCCUGUGCGACACAACACAGCAAGCAGUGGUUUUGCCAUCGGUCUGUUUCCCGAAAAAUGGAAGAAAAUUCUCAAUUAUUCCUGGACUUUGUCGCAGCCAACAAAGCAGAUGGGAAAAUAAAAUUUCUUGUUGCGUCUGUGAAGGAUGACAGCCAAACCGGAGCAGCUAUUUACCUGUAUCGGGGAGGGUCUCUGGAGAACCCAUGCUUUCAACCCCUAUCACAGCCAAAGAGACCAAUAGUUUGUCAAACAUCACAUGACAGCGUGACACUGCAGUUACAUCCACCCAGAUAUGGUGCCGGUGAGAUUGUGGGUUACAAGGUAGAGUACCAAGGCCCCCAGGAGGAGGGAUGGACAUCUGUAGUUACACCUGAUAAAUCCCAGUGCUUCACAAUAUCUGGGUUGCAGCCACACAAGCAGUAUCAUUUCCAAUACAGAGCUGUGUCUAAGGUAGGUGUCAGCAAGGCCAGUGACAGCUGUCGGUACAUCACUCGUCCUAUAAGUUCUCUUGGUCAACUGGCCUUCCAAUAUUGUUCACCAAUUGCCACUCUGAAUUGGGACAUUCCAAAACAGAUUGGAGAUGGUGUUAAGAUAUUUCAGAACAAAAUUGAAUACAAAGAAGAGACAGAUGUUGGGUCCAAAAUGGAGUGUGGAUUAUGGAAGGAAGUGAAAACAAAUGAUAGACAAUGUCACCACCAGCUGAAGGAAUUGAAACCAAAGAAAAAAUACAGAGUCCGAGUGUCUGCUGACUGUGGGGAAUCAGGUUGCAGUGCAGCAGGUGAUGAGGUUUUAAUAGAAACAGAAAAUGCACCAAACAGAAUAGCCCAGAAACUUCUGAGAGAAUCUCCAUUGAUAUCCAAAGGAAACCCUUCCAUUUACAAGCUGAACGUAAAGGAGAAUAUAGUUCAUGGUAUGAAACACCUUAUGAAAUUCUCCUUUGGAAAGCACAAUACAAAACACAAAAUGAAGACCAUUAUGGUUCUGGGAGCAACAGGGUCGGGAAAGACGACCCUCAUCAAUGGGAUGAUCAACUACAUUUUGGGUGUAAAAUGGGAAGACGACUUCAGAUACAAGUUAAUAAAUGAAGAGACAGGAAAAUCCCAGGCUGAAAGCCAGACAUCCUCCAUCACUGCCUAUGAACUCCACCAUCAAGUAGGAUUUAAAAUUGAUUACUCUCUGACUAUCAUUGAUACACCAGGAUUUGGAGACACCAGGGGAAUAAGCCGAGAUCACUUGAUCACUGAGCACAUCCGAGAGUUUUUCACCGCCCAACGGGGUAUUGAUCAAAUUCAUGCUGUGUGUUUUGUUGUUCAAGCCUCUUUGGCUCGCCUGACUCAAACACAAAAAUACAUCUUUGAUUCAAUUCUUUCUGUUUUUGGCAAAGAUAUUGCAGAGAACAUUCAGAUAUUUUUGACAUUCGCAGAUGGAAAGAAUCCCCCUGUUCUGGAGGCUUUAAAAGUAGCUGAGGUACCAUGUCUCAAAGAUAAAAAUGGUAUGCCAAUUCACUUUAAGUUUAACAAUUCUGUCAUAUUUGCCCAGUGUCUGGCGUCUGGAAAUGCUGCCGAUAAGGGUACUUCUGGUGAAAGCAGGGAAGAUGAUGGUGAUAAUUUUGAUGCAAUGUUCUGGAAGAUGGGAGAGGGCAGUAUGAAGAAAUUCUUUCAGGCUCUCCACAAACUUGAAACAAGAAGUUUAUGUUUGACCAGAGAGGUGUUGAGGGAACGUGAGCAGCUGGAGACUACAGUGGAGGGGUUACAGGUUCAGAUCCAAGCUGGCCUGAGCAAACAGGAGGAACUCAGAAAAACACAACAGGUUCUGAACCAACACCAGACCGAGCUGGAUGCAAAUAAAAACUUUGAGUAUGAGAUUGAAAAUAUUGUUCCAGUACAGGAAGAUAUCAGUGAGACUGGCAAUUACAUAACCAACUGUCAGAAAUGUCACUUCACCUGUCACUAUCCCUGUAAGAUUCCAAAUGAUGAUGGAAAAUCACGGUGUGCAGCAAUAGACGGAAAUGGGAACUGCAAAGUCUGUCCCCAAAAAUGUGUCUGGAGUGUACACUUCAACCAGAAAUACAAGUUUAACUAUGUAACACAAACAGAAAAGAGAACAUACAAUGAGCUGAAAAAUAAAUAUGAGACAGCCUAUGGUGAGACGAUGACUCAGCAGAAAAUCAUGGCGAGGCUUCAGCAAGAGUUUGAUGAUGUUCAGAAAACAGUGCUGGAGUUUAUUAAACAAUUAUCCCAGAGCAUUGGAAGACUUGAAGAGAUAGCUCUGAGACCAAAUCCGUUAUCCACCCCAGCCUACAUUGAGCUCCUGAUUCAGUCUGAGAAAGAAGAGGCCAAGCCUGGGUUCCUGGACAGAAUUCAGGCACUGAGGGAGGUCAAGGAGCGGGCAGAGUUAAUAGAGAAAUUUACCAAUGUGAAUAUGUCAUCAGAGGAACAGAAGCAAAAUCCAAAAGAGUCUAAAAAAAGCAUUAAAAACUUGUUUAGUAAAGGUCUCUCUCUCAUUUUUAGUUGGCCGUUUGGUGGUGAAUAACUGGAAGACAUGACAACCAUUUCCAAAAGGCAAAGUAAAUGGUCCACUCAACUGAUAAACAAUCUGCUGAUUCCAUUUCACCCUCCAUCUUCUCCACCAUCUGCCCAGAGAGUUUGAGACCACAUCUCUUUUUCUCAAUGCUGCCCUUCCUCAGAUAUGAUGCAAGUCCGGUUCUUCAGCUUUUUCCCUGACUCCCUGUACUCACUGUGCAGGAUCUCUUCCCCCACCCCCCCUCUAUCUGUCAUUGGUUCCACUGUGCACCUCGAUCUCUGGCAUUUCUCCCUCCCUUGAUAUUCUUUUGCUGCCACUCUGAGACGUACAUCUAUGCAAAUGGGUCUGGAUUCACUGAGCUCUAACCCUUUGGGUUUGUUGUCUAUGACAAUGUCAGGCAUGGGAAAACAACAAGCAGACUGUCCUUUGCAAUACUUUUGUUACCUCUUCAAAAUGUUACUUAAUUGGUGAAGCAUCUUCGCUCAACAAUACUUUUUUGAUAAUCUAUGAGUAAUCACUAACUGAGCAAACAUGUAUGAUUCAUGUCAUUCAGUCUCUGGCUGAUUGUACUCCUGUGCCUAACCAGUACAUUAUGGAGGGGAUGGGCGUCAUUGUCCAAGAUUGCAUGCAACUUGGACAGCAUCCUCUUUUCAGACACCACUGUCAGAGUGUCCAACAAACUGUUGAAAUUAAACUAUAAAUAAAAUAGCAAUAAAUAACAAGAGCAUGGAAUAACAGGAUAACAUGCUGCUUUCCUACAACAGCAUUUCAUGUAGAUAUACUCACUUGCUCGGAGAGCUUUACCCAUUAUGUACUGGGCCAAAUCCACUACCUUUUGUGGGACUUUCUGUUCAAAGGCAUUGGUGUUCCCAUACCAGACUGUAAUGCAGCCAGUCAAUACACUUCCACUACACACCUCUCGAAGUUUGUGAAGAUUUCUGGUGCCUUCUAAGGAAGUUGAGGCACUGUCGUGCUUUCUUUGCAAUGACAUUUAUAUGAUGGGUCCAGGAUGCGUCCACUCAGAUAGUGACUCUCAGGAACAUAAGAUUGAUUAGUGGACCUUCUGUGCAAGCUCAGACCUAUUUGAUGGGAAGAGAGCAUCUUGUUCCAGGAGAAAUAUGUUGGGUCACCAGAGACUGAAAUUGAAGGAAAUGAACACACCUGCCAAAUACCGAUCGGGCUGUCUUAAAACUGGAUAUGCAGGACGAAGUGAGUGUGUCCAAACGGGAAUGGUGAUGAGGCGAGGGAGAAGAAGCAGAGAGCAGUGUAACAGGUAAGGUGAGAAAGAGAAUGUGGAGAAACAGAGGGAGUGAAGGAGAGGAACAGUGGGGACAGAGAGUGCAAGAGCAGGGUUGUGGACGGGAAGAGAAGCAACAGGGAGAGGAGUGAAGUCAUGGGAAAUGUGGGAGGGUGGCACACAUCGGAGAGUUGGGGAGAGGAAGUGAAGCCAUAGUAAAAUAGGAAACAUGAUGAAAAUAUCAGACAACUAUUUCCAUAUCCCUUCUGGAACAAGGUGAAAUUUUCCCCUGUAUUGUGAGAUAUAGCUUGUUGUUGUUCAAUCAGGUAAUAAAAUGUGUACUAACGUCAGUACCAGCCUCUGUGGUUCUUGCUUCCACUUAGAGAAAAGACAUAAUGUGAUUAUUUCUCCAAAUUCAAACUGUAAAGGGGGUUUCUUCUUUUUCUUUGUUACUGUGUAUGUAAACAAAAUGGCUCCUUUGUUUUGUUAAAAGUAGGAAUGCUUUGUUGCGAGAGAGAGCUGGAAGCUCGUUUGGGUUAAAAUUUACUGAUAAUGAGAAUUGUAUUCCCUUUGUAAACCAAUUGGGAUUAACGUUGUUCUUUCUUCUGAGCCUGUAAGCUUUUGUUGGCGGACUUUUGGGGAGUUCGGUGUGAGGGGGUGAGAGAGGAAGAACGUGAUGCUGUAAACUGGGCGAGGAACGGACCCCAAGCGGGGGUCCAAGGCCGGGAGGUACCCUGAGGAGAGGAGACGAUGAUAGAUGUGCUGGGUUGACCACUUCGGGUGGUCCUGAGCUGCGAGUCGAGGAGUUCGGAGGGGAUCGAAUGGUGGCCAGAAGACUUCAGUAAAAGAGCUCCAAAGGUUGUGCACGAAGUGGUUUGGACUUUGAUAAGUUCGGCGCCUUUUCUUUAUUUCCUUUUCCUUCAUGUAUACUGUAUCGUUAUUAAUCACUUAGUUAUAGUAACCUUUAUAAAUUGUACUCAUUUA